AUGACAUUCAAAUUAUUCCGUAGCUCGAGAACGCUAACAUCCUCACUUGCAUAUUCUCCGCGUUGCCAACCACGCGAGGCCUUCCAUUUUUUCCCACUGCCCCUCGGACAGAGAAAGUUUUCUGCCAUACCACGUCUCUUCAGCUCCAAGGAAGAAGAUAGCACCAACGUGUGGAGACUCACCCAAGAUGACGAAAGUCAAUACUGGCAUGGCUACCUGACAACACGCCCGAAGUACACCGACGACUUCUACCAGAUAAUAUAUGACUACCAUGCUGCCCGCUCCAAGAACCCAUCAUUCUCUGUCGCACAUGACGUGGGCGCGGGACCAGGCCAUGUCUCCGUAAAGCUGAGCGAGCGAUUCUCUCAUGUCGUCGUAAGCGAUAACAAUGAGAACCACAUUGACUAUGCAAGGAGCUCUCUUCUCCAACCGGAUGUUCCGGCAUCGCGGUUCUCAUUCGAUGUCGCAAUGGGCGAGGAGCUCGGAUCAAGACACCCCCCUGCGUCCGCAGAUCUGGUAGCUUGUGCGCUCAUGUUCCCGUUGAUGGACACGCAAGCCGCGUUACAGAGUUUCCGCUCUCUUUUGAAACUCAACGGAACUCUUGCGAUCUGGUUUUACGGACGUGCACACUUCUCGGAGGCUGAAUAUGCCUCAGCGUGCCAGCCACUGUUGAAUGCGAUAAUUGAUCAUCAUUUUGGCGGUGUGAUCAAGGGAGGUGGGCCGGAGCACCAGGCGGGGUGGAAGCGUGCAGCCGAUGGAAUGGCCAGUUGGUUAGAUUACAUCCCUUUUUCCGAGGCGCAAUGGGGAUCUGUGGAGCGACACAAGUGGAACUCGUCAUGGACAACUCUCCCGUUCUUUGGACGGCCUGCGUGUGAUUUCCCUGUUGAGCCUAGAAGUAGUGUUACGGAGAAUGAGCUGGUGCUGAAGAAAGAGGACAGGGAGCUUUGGAGAAAGGACUGGACUGUCAGUGAGCUGAGGAAGUUUGUUGAAUAUAUCUUUCCAUUCCAAAGCAUGGAUGAAGAGCCAGUGAAGCCACUGUGGGAGCAGCUGCAGGUGAAUAUGGGUGGUCCUCACGUCAAGCGAGCAUUUUCCUGGCCAGUACUUCUUAUCAUGGCAUCGAAGAAGUGA